UAGCUAGCUAGCUUUUAUUUUCCUUGCGGGAAAAUUAGCUAGCUAGCUGGUGACAAGUCUUCCGAUCGAGCCGGCGAUGAGCACGUCAAGGAAUCCGCUGGUCGUCGGGAACAUCGUCGGAGAAAUCAUCGACCACUUUGAUGCUUCGGCGGUGCUGAGGCUGUUCUAUAACAACCGCGAGAUGACCAGUGGGUCUGGGCUGAGGCCGUCGCAGGUGGCCAGGGAGCCGACCGUCCGGAUAACUGGCUCCCGGGGGCGCAAUGAAACAUCACUAUACACGCUGGUGAUGGUGGAUCCUGAUGCACCUAGUCCAAGCAACCCUUCCAAAAGGGAGUACCUCCAUUGGUUAGUGAUGGACAUACCGGAAGGAGGUGAUGUCAGUCAUGGAACUGAGGUGGUGGCGUACGAGAGCCCGCAGCCCAAGGCGGGGAUCCACCGCCUGGCGUUCAUCGUGUUCCGGCAGACGGUGAGGCAGGUGAUCUACGCGCCGGGGUGGCGCCCCAACUUCAACACCAGGGAUUUCGCGGCGUGCUACUGCCUUGGCGUGCCGGUCGCCGCCGCCUACUUCAACUGCCAGAGGGAGGGCGGCUGCGGUGGCCGGAGGUGCAGCUGAAGUCCACGGCGACAAGGCUGUCCGACCGUCGCCCAUCAUCGACAACAGGACCCGGUCCGACCUAAUUAUUGAAGGCAAAGAAAGUAUGACAUACACAUGUACAACGUAGUAUAAGUAUGCAUGCCGUGCAUUGUGAGAGAGUGCGUGCGAUUGCCAAGAUAGAAUAUUGUGUAUGUAUUUGUAUCUGUGUGUUUUAUGGAGCUUA